AUAAUUGAAGUCGCGUCAUAGUCAACAUGUAUAACUGGUGGGGCUAUCUCAGAAGAGGAUAUAUAUACAUGAAUUAGUAUGGCAGACGUUCCAUGGUGUCAGAAAUCGUGUAUAACUCACACGUGAUUUGAGUUAGUAUAGUUUCGACGAAAUUCUGAAGUUAAACAAGUAUUCAACAAUGGCUCUCAAAAAUGAAAAGAUCGGUAUAAUUGGCAGCGGUAUAAUCGGUCGUAGCUGGGCGAUGCUUUUUGCUGGCGCAGGAUACGAAGUAGUUUUGUACGAUAUCGUACAGGAGCAAAUUACUCGGGCUUUAGAAGAAAUUCGCCAAGACGUAAAUCACCUUGAACAAGCCGGUACUUUAAGGGGAACAGUUAACGCCGAACAGCAAUUAAAAUUAAUAAAAGGAUCAACUAAUUUGGCUGAGACUGUGAAAAACGCAACACUUGUACAAGAAUGCGUACCUGAAAAUUUGCCGCUGAAAGUGAAGUUGUAUAGUCAACUCGACGACGUAGUAGAUGACAAAGUAAUUUUAUCUUCUUCAACAUCAACAUUUCGCCCAUCCUUAUUAAGCGAAAACUUGAAGCAUCGCGAGCAACUCAUUGUGUCACAUCCCGUGAAUCCCCCGUACUUCGUACCACUCGUAGAAAUUGUACCGGCACCAUGGACGCGUGCGGAUAUACAGCAGAAAACAAAAGCUAUUAUGAGUGAAAUAGGCCAGACACCUGUUUUACUUUCAAAAGAGAUUGAUGGUUUUGCACUUAACAGAAUACAAUAUGCGAUUUUGAACGAGACGUGGAGAUUGGUGGCCGAUGGAAUUUUAAGCGUAAAAGAUGUGGAUGCAGUUAUGAGCGAAGGCCUCGGAAUGCGCUACGCGUUCCUCGGCGCGUUCGAAGCGGCCCAUUUGAAUGCAGAAGGAAUGAAGAAGUAUUGUGAGACCUAUAAAAAUUCAAUAUACAAUACGUCUUUGACAUUCGGUCCAGUUCCGAAAUUUGAGGGUGAAAUGGCGGAAAAAAUUAGCAACGAACUGAAUCAAAUGUGCCCAUUAGACCAACUUCAAAAAAGACGCGCGUGGAGAGACGAAGCUUUGACAAGAUUGUCUAUUUUGAAAAAAGAAUUGAACAAGAAAAAGUAAAAUAUGCUAAUGUAAUAAGAUGUUAACAUUUGAAAUGAUUCAUCGUUGAAUGAGAUUAUAAUAACAAUUGUGUGCAUAGUAUAAAUGUAUGUAUGUACAAAGAACGCAAUAGAUGUUCUUUUAAUUAUCUAGUUUCAAACACGUUAUAAUGUGUAUCAUGUUGGGAAAAUAAAAAAUAUAUUACUUAAA